AUGUAUCCUGCACUGUUACAUGUCUGCAUUGUCCGGGCCGUCAGCGAAGAAAUUGACAAGACUUUCAAUCAUACUAUUUUGAACAAGGCUGAAUUGCUGUACAUGCACGAAAGAAUCCAUGCACAAGAAGGCAUUGUAAGGAGAAGUCUCGAGCUCAGCCCACAACGACAGGCUGCGUUGGAAAAUAUAGAACGAAGGCUCGUGAAUGCACAUGAGGUAGCGUUCAGGGAUAUUGAGACUAUCAAUGAACAAGAAGGAAUAGGAAGAUUUUUGUAUCAGGGUGAUAUCGUAUUGAAAAAAUGGCAAUUGGAUGAACUUGUAGGAAACGAUGAUGAACGUCAUCGAUGGAAACGUCAAGCCUUCAGAGAUCACAAUUAUCCCUUCACAAUUUGGCCCGAUGGCGUGGUUUACUACUCCUUCCACAGCAACACUAGUGAUAAGGUACGCGAGGUUUUCGCAAAAGGAGUAUGGGAAUGGCAAAGACACACUUGUCUCAACUUCUCUGAGAGCUACACGGUGGAAGGACGUAUUGAAGUUGUAGCUGACACCGGUUGCUGGUCAUACGUAGGAAAACUACAUGGAGUGCAAGAACUUUCUUUAGGUGCGAAAUGCCAAAUGGUGAAUUUUAGUAACGAAGAUAGUACGGGAUGCACACAGGUUGGAAUCGCUACACACGAGAUUGGUCAUGCUCUUGGCUUUCUCCACACACAUUCAAGACAUGAUCGUGAUCAGUAUAUAAUGUUCGAUCUAGACGCUGUGGAACCUUCUCUCGUAGAACAGUUCAAUAAGGAACCGGCAUCAAGAAAUCAUAACUAUGGUAUUCCCUACGAUUACGGUAGCGUGAUGCACUACAACUCCAGAUGUGCCGCAAAGGAUAACAGUGCCAUGGGCGAUCGAACAAUGGUGCCUCUCACCGCUGCGUAUGUUGACACCCUAGGUUCUCAUUUUCUUUCCUUUUACGAGAAGCUCAUGAUGAACAUUCACUACAACUGCCUCGGUAGAUGCAUUUCAUCCGACUCGCCGGCAAAAUGCGAAAUGGGAGGAUUUCCAAAUCCGAGAAACUGCACGAAAUGCGUCUGUCCAAGUGGAUAUGGAGGCAGACUAUGUAAUAGAAGGCCGAAAGGGUGCGGGAGAAUACUGCAAGCUUUGACACAGGAACGAACUUUUGUUGACCGUGUGGGUCAUGAAGGAGUAACCGACUUCGAGCAAAUGGUUGACUUCGAAAAAUGCUACUACUGGAUAAAGGCUCCAAAGGGGAGAAAAAUUGAGAUUAAAACACAAAAGGAUCAGCGAGCAACAGGAUACAGGCGAGAUCGUAACACAUGA